CAGUCACCUUAUGCUCUCUACGGAACACCCCUUCCACCUUUAGACGCCAGUAUCCGUGACGAUGGUUCCUACGCGCCCAUUUGGAAGCAAGAAGUGACCGACGACCGGGGAAGGAAACGUCUACAUGGCGCCUUCACCGGUGGAUUCAGUGCCGGGUGAGCUCACGAUUCAUGGAUCGCUGUGGACAGCACACUAAAAGGUCAUCCCUCUUCAGGUACUUCAACACCGUCGGGUCGAAGGAGGGAUGGACCCCUGCAACCUUCGUCUCAUCACGCCAGAAUCGUGCCAAGGACAAUCGCAAGCAACAGAUCGAAGAUUUUAUGGAUGAGGAAGAUAUCCGGGAGGCAGAGGAAGCAAAGACAGUUCAUACAAACAAUGAGUUUGCCGGGUUCGGUACGACCGAUGCAGAGUUGGCGCGCCGGGGAGGGUUGAUGGACCUCCUCAAAACCACCGGGGAAACCAUGGGGGUGAAACUCCUGAAGAAGAUGGGGUGGAGAGAGGGUCAAGGUGUUGGUCCCAAGGUGCAGCGACGCGCCAAUCUAGGUGAUGGUAUCACGCAAGGUGGUGAGGAUGCCAACAAGACGUAUCUGUUUGCUCCGGAAAAUCCGCCAAUGGUGGCUUUCAUCCAUAAAACUGAUCACAAAGGACUUGGCUUCGAGGGAGAGGCCCGCCUUGAUGCUCGCUCGUUGGCUCGGGGUGAAUCCGACGAGGAGGGAGAUGACUCCUUCUUUGGGAAGAGGCUCAUGGCCCCGGGAAAGCCCAAGCAGCCCAAAACGAAGGAAACUCGUCGCGGAGGCUUUGGCGUGGGCGUACUCAACGAUACCGGCUCCGAUGACGAAGACCCGUAUUCAAUAGGGCCUCAAAUCUCUUACAACCGCGUCAUCGGAGGAGACAAGAAGAAGAAAAAGAAAGCAAAGUCGAUUGAAGAUGCGAGGCCACUUGCAGCAUCGUCGAACCCUCUAAUAACUAAUAAACCCAUCUACAUCCCCAAGAAGGUUCUCGCGGCCAAGAGCUCGAGUGGGUUCAGGAAAUGCCACGACGGCCGUUUACCGAUCGAGGGAUUUAUGCUUGCUGAGGGCAUCUCCAGCUUGAGUAUAUCCGCCCAAGAAAAGAAGUAUACGGCCCCUGAAAUUCCGACAGGGUGGAAAUCAAGUAAGACACCGACCAAGGAACAAGAUCUCUCAAGCUAUGUUUCUACGGCGGAGGCUGCCAAAGCCUCGUCUCUGGACCCGACGUCUCGAGCUGCGCUUCUGGGUGAGGCGCAGCUGCCAGGGAAGUCUAUCUUCGACUGGUUGACUCCAGAAGGUCGAGAGCGGAUUGCGAAACUAACCGGGAAGACGGACUUGCCGCCGGCUCUGAGUGAGAAGGCGCCGAAGGGCUACGAACGUUCCGAGACACAGAAGCGGAAAGACUUGUGGGACCUAGUACCGAAACUAGAGAAGCAGGUAGCUGUCCAAGCUUUGACCCGAGCGGCAAGUGGCUGGAUGCCAUAUUCGGAAGACUUGGAGAAACGGAAACGCUAUCGAACCUUUCUCGAGGUCCGAGCUGGACUUCGAGACAAUUUGCCUGAUCGAGUGUCGGGAUCCAGUACGGAUGAAUGGGCCCUGGAGCUGGAUGAGUUCGCCCGAGCUGCGGAGGUUUUCAAACCCAUGUCUGGGCUGAUGGCAUCGCGUUUCACUUCCGCUUCGUCGGGCCCGAAAGAGUCGUCCGAUAAGCUCGAGGCAUCUUCGGCCGAUCCGCUCCUCAGCAAGCCUGCCGCAAAACCUGAAGACCCUGCAGUAGAGGCUGCCCGCAUCGGCAUGUUCGGCCCGAUGACUCGGAGCACUCUUCCGUUAUAUCCCACGCGCCUGCUAUGUAAGCGAUUCAAUGUCAAACCUCCAGAUCACGUUCAAAUCGAUCCUGGAGAACCAUCUGGGCGCAGGGAUGCCCCGCCACCUGGAGGGCGCUUCCAUUCUGCUGGAUAUCAGACCGCCUCGGGACCCAAGGAACUGGUCUCGCGCGAUGUCAUGAAUCAGCUUUUGAUUGACGCCAGUCGAGGUGGAUCUCUCACGCCUGCUGCAGAAAAUGCAUCGCCGGCGCAAGCAGCGCCGCUGGGUCUACACGAACCUGUUGUCAUUGAGCCGGAGCGCAACGAAGCUUUGGAGGCGGAGCGACCAGGAGAGGCGGUGUUCAAGGCUAUCUUCGGUAGUGACGAUGAGGACGAGGAGGAUGAACUGAACUGAAGUGAUGUCGAAAAGCUGGUUCAUCGAUUGUGUUGGCAUAGGUCAUAGCUCGCUGUAUACCACUAUUGACUAUAGAAACUUAAUUCUGACCUCGAUCUUAUAAGUGGACGAAUCAUGGUGCCAGGCGCCUGACCGCUAGUGUUCCUGUCAAUUGCCAGGUUGGUGUGUUUAAGGACUUGGCCAUAUCAGUUCCAGUCUGUGUUUCCAU